AUGCCCGACGAGCUGAAGAUGUUAGUUCGCGGCCCUGAUGAUCCACCUUUAGGGAUACCAGGUGAUGGAGGAAAUGUGUUAUGGGGUUACAAAGGAAGUUGGGUCGGCGUCGUCUACAAUACCAUAGAUCACAAGCAUGUCGUUCGUCUUGUGAAACCUGGAACGUCAGUGAAUAUGAUGACGAUAUGGCUACUUAUAGAUGAUGAAUUAAGCAAGGGAGAAGUUCCGGAAGUGGUCGAUCUAGUCAAUUCUACGGGGUUUCUUUCUGUGGUCAACAAUUUGGGCCACCUUGGUUACGGCAGACCUCUUUGUUCCACCUUCGCCGAGAGAUACUAUGGGGAAACGGAUACUUUACAUCUUCCGUUUGGAGAAAUGACGAUAACUCCAAAUGAUGCGAAGUUCAUUACCGGGCUAAGCAUAGAAGGUAAAUCCGUGAAGCACAAAGAGUACGUACAAGAGAUUGAUUGGGACAAGAUUUACAAGUGGACCAAGGAAGUGUUCCAAUGGGAUGAGGAGAAGACCAAGCAGGAGAUGCUAUUAGGCAAGGAAAAGCAGAGGAUAUUCCAUCUCUCGAGGCUGAGGAGCAAUUUUAUGGGAACAAAGAAGCUUCGUCAUGAGGGAAAAGAGGUGACGCGAGAACGUAUCAUCGCUACGGCCAAUGUGUAUGUCCUCUAUAUCCUUGGAGUUGUUAUCUUCCACGACGUUUCCGGUGCCCGUGUUAACGCCAACUUUAUCCAGCUAUUGAAACAUUUAACAAGAUACAGGACUACUCUUGGGGCACUGUCAUCCUUGCACACUCUUUGA